CAAUGAUUGGCCCUCUGGGUGACAUGUGACCUGUAGCCGUUGACUUAUUACCUGGAAAAGUCAACAUCUCCAUACCUGGGAGUUCACCGUGAAGGUUAGGCGGGCUCUUGCUCUUGGACUGAGAGCAUCAGUUUUAGAUUUUGUACUCGGUGUACGUUUUUGUUCUCUUUCAGCAAUGACAUCAAAGAGGCAGUUUGGAUGGCGAGAGCUAUUUUUGAUAUUCACAGUACUUCCGUGCUGUCGGAGUUUACAGGUUUCUAUUCCAGAGAGAGAAUAUGAGGUUGCAAGAGGAGGUGAUAUUACUUUGACCUGUUCCUUCAUCCCGGCCAGACCAAUCAUCAAUGCAAUCGUCCUCACAUGGGAGGCUUUCCCUGAGAAUGUUGGUGAUCCAAUGGACUUGGUGGCCACCUACUUCAUAAACAAUCCGAUUGACAUUGCACCUAAUUAUGAAGGUAGAGCCUUUAUGGAGAUUGAUGGACAAGUGAGUAGACUGCGCUUAUCAAAGGUGACCAUGAAGGACAGCCGCCGUUACCAAUGCAGUGUCAUGAUCCCCAAUGAUGACGAGGGAACAACAGCUGCAACCACUUCCCUUUUGGUCCUGGUGCCUCCCUCUGCACCAAUCUGCAGGAUUCAGGGGGAAGCAGCGUACGGACACAACGUCACUCUCACCUGCAUGUCUAAUGAGGGAUCCCCAGUACCUGUCUAUGAAUGGAGGAGCUACAGUGUCGAAAACAUUCAAAGACAAUUUCCACCUAAGACAAUAGAAAAGGAUGGAGCUCUAUCUCUCUUCAAUAUUUCAAGAGAUAUGUCUGGUUUCUACAUUUGCACAUCAACAAAUCGAAUUGGUUCUGCCAGCUGCAACUUUACUUUAGCUGUGACGCCCGGCGGCAUGAACAUUGGGUCCACUGCAGGAAUAAUUGUCGGAGUCUUUGCAGGUCUCGUGUUGCUGGGGAUUGUCAUCCUCUGUUGCUGCAAGAAAAAGGGCAAAAAGGAAAAGUAUGCUGAAGGUUCCCCCGGAGAAGUGGAGUUUUAUGAUAGAGAUGCUCCUGAAGUUGGAAAGCAGUACUGGGACGACAAGUCAGCCGAUGUCACCCAGCAGGAAGACAGAGACGUCGUUCCUCAAAACUAUUUCAGCGUAGGAACAACUGCACAAAAGCUGGAGGAUGAUCAACACAGUUACCAUGGUGGUAAACAAAAGCAUGACGGUAAGGGCAGUGAUGUUGACUCUCAACGUUACCAGGACGACCAGCAAGAUCUCCGUCGUGGAAGUCGUGAUCGCCUCGACGACGAACGUAGCCAUUACAGUGGAAGUCAGGAUAGGCUCGAUGAUCAGCGUAAUCGCACCAGUGGUAGUCGUGAUCGCCUUGACGAUCAACGCAAUCGCUAUGGAGGCAGCCGCGAUCGCCUUGACGAUCAACGUGACCGUUACGGUGGCAGCCGUGAUCGCCUUGACGAUCAACGCGAUCGUUACGGAGGCAGUCGCGAUCGACUUGACGAUCAACGCAAUCGCUAUGGAGGCAGCCGCGAUCGCCUUGACGAUCAACGGGAUCGUUACGGUGGCAGCCGCGAUCGCCUUGACGAUCAGAGCGGCCGUUACGGUGGCAGUCGCGAUCGCCUCGACGAUCAACGCGAUCGUUACAGAGGCAGCCGCGAUCGCCUUGACGACCGCCGUGAUCAUUCUGGUGGAAGUCGGGAUCGCCUCGACUACAUUGACGAUCAAAAUAAAGACAGGUAUCAAUAGCCUUGUGUACUGAAUGUUUUUAUUGAUGUUUUACUGGUUUAAGGAUUGGAUUCCCAGGUAGCAGAUAGUCAUUGAAACAACGUCACAUCAGCAUCCCGCUGUCAACGAUAAAGUCCUUGAAUCAACUUCAAACUCUGAUGUUGAUUCUUUAUCAUAUUGCACCCUUUAUUAUCAUUGAAACAACGCAGAGAUCAACAGAGAUCAACAGGAUGUCAAUGGUAUUUCAAUCACAAUGGCUAUUGAAACAAUGUUGAAAUCCCAGCAUAUCUCAACGAAACUUCAAUGGUAACCCAUUUUAGUAUUGGCCUACCACAGGUUUAAUCUAAAAAGGUAUACAUUAAUUAUUAAUUAAAACAUUAUUAGGCUAUUAUAAUCCUGCUUUAUCAAUGGGCUAUGGCCAGGAUGGGCUUGGAGGAAAAUAUAGAAACUAUGCCAAUAAACCUUUUAGGCUUUUAGAAACUAAACUUUCCAGCCCAAAUGACACCCCACACAUUUUAAUUUUUUUUAAAUUUUUUUUUAAUUGUAAUUUUUCACUUUUUUUUCUUCCUUUUAACGCGCUAUAACUGCUGCAGGGUCGGUCGUUCAGCUCCUCCCGCCCGGUCUGGGGCGUAACGCAGCCACUUCUGCACAGCUUGAGAAACUUCAUAGGAAUUUGCCAUAUUCUACUUAUUUGAGUCAGUGCAUCUAAAAUAGAAAACAAUCAAAAGUAGGCUAACAUUUUAGUUUAACAUUAGAAGACUUCUACCUAAAGGAAAGGAUAUAAACUUGAUGACCUAGGCCAUGUAGAAGUUAUAUUUCAAUGACUGCAGCACUACGUGUGUUACUAAACUAACCAUCAUGUUACUGAGUAGGCUAACAGUAUUUGAUUUGGAACAAUUCAUUCAUAUCAAAAAUUACAUAAGCAACCUUACCUGAUUGUAUAUGAAUCAGGUCUAGAAAUAAUCUGUAGUGUCCGCAAUACGUUGGUCUACCACCUCCCGGUCAACCAAAAUUCUACGGAUUUACCGGUCAACUAUAUGUCGAUGGCUUUUCAACAACAGGUCGUUUACCGGUCAACUUUAAAUCAACGACUAAUCAACACAUUAGCAAUAUCGCCAGGUAAACCAAAUAUCAAUGCUUAAUCAAUCAUAAAGAUAACUAUAGAGAAAUGUUGUGCCAAUGUUGCUGUCAUCAACAUCAAUAAUGUCAGGUUUCAUCGAUAUGGUAAUGGUGAUUCAACAUUUAUUUCGCAGUGAAAUUUCAAUAUCAACCAUAAAGAUGAUUCAGAUGGAAAAUCAAUAUUUAUUCAACGUUGGCUAUCUGGGUUAGUGCCUGGUCACAACCAAGCAAAACAAAUUGUGCAUAUUUGCAAAAAUUGUAAAUGCCCAUGUAAAAGCCAGUGGCCUGGCGAACAGUUGAUUUAAAGCCUUGAUUUUUGUCUGAAAUGUUGUGUUAAUUAAUGCUGGUCUGACUGGAACUUUAAAAAAAGUUCAGAAAUGUACAACUUCCCUGUGAAUGUGCUUCAACCAAACCAAAUCAACCUUGUAAAUCCUGCAACACCUGACACAGUGUGCUAACAUUUCAUUUAGCCUGCACUGAACAACACAACAUUGUACGUAUGACUGUAAAAUGUGUUGCUGAUGUAAUGUUUUGAUGUCCUGAGGAGUGUAAUACAUGAAGUGGUGAGGAACACCAUGAAACAAAGCAGAGGGGCAAUAGGAACCUCAAUCUGUUUCAGAGGCAUGUACUGUACUUUGGUCAAAGGUCUAUGAAUGGAUUCCCAGGGUCUUUAAUUAACAUGGAUGCCAAUAGGUUUCUCAUAUCAUUGCUAGCAUUACUAUUGUUUGUUAGUUAUUUUCAUAAAAACCCAUGCUAAAUCACAAUUAAUGUUAAUUGGUCAUUAAACAACCCCCAAUCAUUAAUACAAUUAUUGUUCACAUAUUGGGGCCACCUACCUACUGCAGUAAUUUGGGAAAUUUUGUUAAAGUACAUUAUACACAUGUACAUUAUCUAUUAUUUUUAUUUUUUUAGCAUAGGCUACUUUGUGAAUAAAAGUAAUAAAAAGACUUACCUGAGCUAGAUUUAAAUCCAUUUUAAAACCUAUGUUUAACGUGUGUGUAAUACCUAUGUGUAUGGCAUUUUUGCUUUUUUUUAGUGAAUAUUGAAUUUAAUUAGACUCAAAAGUGAUCUUUGUGUGCACUUUUUCUUGACGUUUUUGUUUGAAAUGAUUCCUCUUGAAUGUAAGAACCGUGUUUUUUUUUACGCGAAGCACAUUCAAAUAGAGUUCAAU